GAGCCCUCUACGGCUAGCUAAUGUUUCUGGUGCAUAUCGUAACGCAACUCUCUGUUUCCAAGGCAUUCCAAUAUGUUCUGUUACUUCCCUCCGGUUUUCCUCACCUCUUUUGCUUCCCUUCAAAGUCUCUUCUUCCAUUUGUUUCUGACAUUUUCCUCUUCCAUUUCCCUCUCCUACAAGUCUUCUCUCUCUUUCACUCUUCUCUCUCUCUUCUCCAUCCUUAUCAACUUCUCUCCACCGCACCGACCUAUUCCUCUCUCAUCUUUCUCUCUCCUCCAUCUCUGAAGAAAAUUAAUGGCGAUUCUGCAACCGCCAAUUUCCUCUAGAAUCAUCGGAGAUAGACAACCUGGAUUUUUCAGCACUUUCAUGGCGAAACAACUCUGUGCUAAUGCGAUGUUCAUCAACACUCAAGUUUCGUCGGUUUUGAAAAGAAAUAGCGGUGGUAGUAGCAGUAAUUGUGGUGGUGCUUAUGUUAGGGUUCGGAAUUGUCCUCGUAGUCGAAAAUCAACUAAGAUUCAAUGUCGUUUUAGCUCGCCUAAUGACGGUGACAGUAUUACCGGCAAUUUUGAAGGCGAUGAUGGCGAUUACGUCAACUCUACUGUCAUUGAAGCUGUUGAGGUGAAGAAUGGAUCAGAGGGCUUUGUGAUUAAAAUGCGGGAUGGAAGAUACUUGAGAUGUGUAUAUAAUCAUCCCAAAGGGGGAUAUCCACCUGACUAUAUUUCACACCCUGCUAUUGUGUUAAAGUUGGAAGAUGGAAGCGAUAUCCUACUCCCUAUUAUUGUUUUGGACAUGCCAAGUGCUUUGUUGAUGGCUGCACUUCGCAAAGUUGAAAUGGCUAGGCCAACUGUCUAUCAAAUAGUGAAGGAAAUGAUAGAAAGAAUGGGAUAUGUGGUGAAAUAUGUUCGAGUUACGAAGAGGAUGCAGGAAGCUUAUUUUGCAGAACUUUGUGUCAUGAAAAUGGAUUGUGAGACAGAGUCUCUUUGUUUUGAUCUUCGGCCCUCUGAUGCCAUUAACAUCGCUGUGAGAUGCAAGGCCCCUGUACAAGUCAAUAAGUCCUUAGCACUCAGAGAUGGACUGAAGAUUAUUGAACCUACACAUCCUGGUUUCAGACCUCCACACUCUGAUGGAUCUUUGCUGUCGGAAAUGGAUAGACCGAAUGGGCAGCCCUGUCCUGAGAGUGAAGAAUUUGUCCUUCUACGUAACAUGUUGAUUGCUGCUGUUGAGGAACGUUAUCAUGAUGCAGCUCAAUGGAAGGAUAUGCUUAAGCAGUUCAGGUCCAGACAACAAAAGUGGACAUGACACCUUUGUGUCUCACGAAUAUAUGGACCUGAAGCUGUAGCUGGUUCAACUUGUCUGGUUCGUAGGCAAAUUAUAUGGCCUAUGGAACUGUCGUGUCAAGUUGUAAUACAAUAAUGUGUAUAGAUUUGUAUAUUACUAGAUAGAUGUACGUAGCAAAAAUUAGAAUAUAUAACUGGAUAAAUGUAAACUGUAUAAUGUAAACUGUAAAGAUCUCUAGCUUGGUGAUGGUUGCUUGUAUAUCCCCCUAAUGGCUAAAAUUAUUUGUACUUAAAUUGUAUAUCUCCCUCGACCCCCAUGAAUAAUUUACAUGUACAAUUACAGCAAUGAUAUAUUUUUUCAAA